GAAAUUACUGACGCAAAUAGGCUUGAUUCAAAUCCACCAAUCAAAGUCUGAAAAGUUGGUCACGUGACCCGUUCAACCAAUCACAGACCAGAGUUUUUCUAUCAGACAGUUACUUCAAAUAUGGCGGCCUUGUAUGGACGCAUAAAAUCAUAAACCUAUUUGAAUGAAAAUAUCCAAGUGAUUGACAACUUUUAUCAUAAAAAAAUGGCACCCAGCAUAGGUUUAAACCUACGGGUUACCGGUUACAAGCAUCAAGGGGGACGAAGAUAUAUGGAGGACGAUUUCGGAGUUGCAUAUCAGCAGACCUCGGACGAAAAAGAUCUUGAAUAUGCAUUUUUCGGCAUUUUUGACGGACACGGGGGCAAAGAGGCCGCUUUAUUUGCAAAGGAACAUUUGAUGGACUAUAUUGUGACGCAGAAAGGGUUCUGGGAAGAGGAGGAUGACGCCGUACUAAAGGCUAUUCGUGAAGGGUUUAUACAGACGCAUUAUGCUAUGUGGAAAGAGUUAGAAAAAUGGCCAAAGACAGCAAGUGGUCUCCCUAGCACCGCCGGCACAACCGCCAGUAUUGCAUUUAUUCGGCGGGGGAAAAUAUAUAUUGGACAUGUUGGAGAUUCGGCAAUCAUUCUGGGCGUUCAAGAUCCCAAUAAUCCUGAUGUAUGGAUCGCAGAUCCCUUAACUGUGGAUCACAAACCAGAAUCCAUAGAAGAGAGUGAAAGAAUCCAACAGUGCGGAGGGAAGGUUAUUUGUAAAUCUGGAGUCCCUAGGGUUGUCUGGAACCGUCCUAAGAUGGGGCACAAGGGCCCUGUUCGUCGGUCAACUCACAUCGAUGAAAUACCCUUCCUGGCUGUGGCCCGGUCUCUGGGGGACCUCUGGUCCUACAACAGUGAAGAAAACGUGUUCGUGGUAAGCCCUGAACCCGACAUACAUGUGUACCCUGUAGAUAUUAGUAAACAUAGAUGUUUAAUACUCGGAACAGACGGAGCCUGGAACAUGUUGACGCCGCAGAACGCGAUCAGCGUGGUGUGCCAGGCCGAGAAGGCCAAUGAACAGCAUAUGCUGAAUCCUAUAGAGGGUCGAACAGCUUGGGUUAAUCCUAGUAAACAGCUUGUCGACACAGCUAUAGAUCGGUGGAACGGGAGCAGGUUGAGGGCAGAUAAUACUAGUGUUGUAACCGUGAUGUUGGAUCCUCCAGGUCCUCCCAGAGCACAGGUGAUCAAGAACCGGAAACGGGAGUUGGCGGCGCUAAACGCGGGGAAAGAUCUCGGGAACCCAAACCUAACCGGUGACCGGGGUUCCGUAGCUCUAGUAACCAAUUCUACAGCAGAGGAACUGAACAAGGAGGAUGAAUCUAAGGUCGGCUGCUCAAUUAUUUCAAGAUUUCCUAACUCCAGUCAUCCAGUCCACAGUGUAGGUAUAGACCUAGUGAGACAGAAGAAGGAUGAAGGAGAUCAACCCUCAACCCUUCUCCGAGAUUUCCAAGGAUGUUCAGGGCGGAUAAGUGACUCAACUCUGGUAAAGAAAACUUCUCCGACUCCAGCUAAACCGGCUUCGGAGGAUAUAGUUCAGUGCAAUGAAGUUUCGUCCUCGGAGGAUAGUCCAAGUAGAUCUUCAGCCUCAACUACUAUCCUACCUCCAAGCUCUAUUCAGCCACACACCUCAAUGCCUCCAGCAGGACUACCUCUAACACCUGUCAGAUCUAUAAAAUCAACUCCAACCCGUCCAGCUAUCUCCGCCAACUCUUCUAAACCAGGGAGCAGAAUCUUGUCAGACUCACACAUAGUACCUUCUUCAUCCAGUCAAAAGAUUAAACCUGGAACUAGCAAAAGAAAAUCACUUCACAGAGAGCUUAGCGCGCUUCAAUUGUCUACGCCACGCGCGUCCCGAGGCUUGGCACGCGCGGCUAGAUCCGAAAUAAUUUCUAUAAAGACCCCUAAGAAACCAAGCACUGUCAAACCCCAAACAAAGUUGGUAAAAAGUCCUGUGAAAACUAAACCUUUGGUAAGGCAGAGAAGUCAGGAACUAAGUGAAAAAAUAGAAAUAUUUGAAAAAUUGUCCGCACCUACCCCUGCAAGGAGAAAGACUGCUGUUAGCCUGAAAUCUAGCGUAAAACCGGAGACACCACGAACCCUUAGAGGACGGGAGAAAUCUAUUCCCCCAACCCCGCGGAGCGGAGUUAAACGGAAGAGGAUUGAAACGGCGGCGGCGGUGUUACCGGCUAAAUCCCCGAGAACAGCGGCGAUUAAACCGGUGGUCACGAGAUCAAAGCAAGCAACGGUUUUGAAGCUUAAAAAGCGGUAAUUCUAGCCGAAGUUCUCAUUUUUAUAUAUUAAUAAAGACCCUGUCCUCAUAAUGGGGUCAGUAGUGAUAUCUUCUAUUUUCAAAGACAAUAUUCUUCAUAAUAAAUUCAUUUAAAGUCCUGA